AUGGGCGAAAUCAAACCAUCUUCAUAUAUACCAUAUGGUAAUCCAAGUGGAACAUACAAAAGCUAUUUCCUCGCUCGUCUACACAUGGAAAAUGAACAGCCGGCAAAAUUAGACUCGGAAUCUUCCAGAAAGGCUCGCAUACAAUUGGAAGCGGAUGAGGAAAAGAGGCGGUGCAAUGAGGGCGCUGUGGACGUUUCGGGUUAA